AUGCCGUCCAUCCUGAACGACAACGACAAGGAGACGGUCAAGCGCUUCGUCCCCAAGCAGAGCAACAAGAUCCAGGCCGUCGCAGUCGCCCGUCUCUACGUUGCCUACCCGAAUAAGUCGAGAUGGACGUUCACUGGAUUGCAGGGCGCCGUGGUGCUUGCCAACGACCUCGUCGGCAAUACCUACUGGAUCAAGAUGGUUGACAUUUCGCCUUCCAAUAGAGGAGUCAUCUGGGACCAGGAGAUCUUCGACACAUGGCAUUACAACCAGGACCGAGUUUUCUUCCACACCUUCGAGCUCGAGGAGUGCCUAGCCGGGCUGUCGUUUGUUGACGAGAAAGAAGCCAAGCAGUUCAAGAAGAAGAUGGAUGAUAGGGAAAAGAACGCAAGCAAGGCGACCAGAGCAACGCCGUUUGGAGGCGCUGUGCAGCCGACGGGCGGACAUAAACACACGUGGGCCGGCACCACCUCCGCCUCCGGCCCCGAGAAGGUCAGGCAAGUCCGAAGCACCUGCUAUCCAACGAGAGCCUACUCCUCCAAGGGAUCCGUCACCACCACGGCCUAG